UGAAGGGAAGGAGCAAGAAAGUAGAAGUUAACGAUAAAUGGCUUCUUAUAGUUCCCGUUUGCUGCAAAUAGAGAGUUCGCGGCUAAUGUUACGACUCUCACCCUUUCUCGCCCCUUCCCUCUCUUUCUCCUCCAACUGCCACGUGUCCCCUUCUGCUCAACUCCCACAGCCCCACCCUCGAAGCUCACAGCUGGUGGCAUUGGAAUAUGCUGAUCUCAAUCUCUCUUACAACUUGGAUCUGGGUCACGUCAGGAUUAGGCAACAUGUUAAUCCCCUGAGCUCUUCUUUCUCUGUUCCUGCACAAGUACCAGACUGGAACCAGGUCUUUGCAGAUCCAACAUUGCCACUUAUGGUGGACAUUGGAUGUGGCAGUGGGAGGUUUUUAAUCUGGCUGGCUAAAAGAACUCCAAAAGAGAGAAAUUUUUUGGGAUUAGAAAUUCGUCAAAGGAUAGUCAAGCGUGCUGAGGUAUGGGUAAAAGAUCUGGCUCUCAGUAACAUACAUUUCUUGUUUGCAAAUGCCACAAUUUCUUUCAAGCAGUUGGUAGAAUCAUAUCCCGGACCGUUGGUCUUAGUUUCAAUUUUGUGUCCAGACCCACAUUUCAAGAAAAGACAUCAUAAAAGAAGAGUUCUGCAGAAGCCUUUGGUUGGAGCUAUAGUAGAUAAUUUAAUGCCUGGGGGACAGGUAUUCAUACAGUCUGAUGUGCUUGAAAUGGCACUUGACAUGAGAAAUCAGUUUGAUGAAGCUGAAGCACUGGAACACAUAGAUGUUGUGAACACGGCUAUAUUGUGUGACAGUGAAGGGUGGUUGUUAAACAACCCCAUGGGAAUAAGGACUGAGAGAGAGAUUCACGCAGAACUUGAAGGUGCAAAGAUGUAUAGAAGAUUGUACCACAAGCAUAUGUGAGUUCUGAAGCUUGACUAUUUUUGCUGAUUGUCUGUCUCAGACUUGAAGCUUAAGUUGAAGGUGCAAAAAUCUAUCAAAAACUCGUAUCAGACACACUGCACCCCACAAGACACUUCAAACCGUAGUAAAAUGCUUGGCAUUUUUCGUGUCUGUUGUAUCCAUGCUUUUCAUAUGUUCCAAUUCCAACCACAGUUAGAUAGUAAUCUCCCUCUCUCCAUUUCUCUUUUCUGGUGGGUUGUGUUUUGGCCUGAGAAGUAUUAUGAUGUUACUACCCAUGAAGUUCUCAUGUUUAGGGCUUUGUGUAUUUAUUCAUCUUUAUAGUGUUUUGUUAUCCAUAAGUACUGUAAUUGAAAAGGUAAUUUUAGCAGUUU